GUGCAACAAUGUGAUGAAUUUAUUUUCUGUUUCUUGUCGAAUUCGUUCUGAAUUCAGGAUUGUUUUUAUAUACGUAUUUCAAAGUUUGCAGUAAGCAAGAUAAUGCCAAACGAUACAAGGACAAAAGCUCUUUUAACAGAUAUAGAAAGGCGCAUUCUAUAUGGAAAUGAAGAUGCAGAGUUGAGAAAGUCCUUUGAUUUGCUCUAUAAAGCAACUCAAAAUGGAUGCUGUCCGGACUCCUUUCAUUCAUUAUGUGAUGGAAAAGGCCCAACAGUUACUAUCUUAUAUGGUAAAGGGAAUGUGGCUUUUGGGGGAUAUACCAGUCUAUCAUGGAACUCAGGAAAAGAGAAACGUUAUGAGUGACGACAAAGCAUUUCUGUUCUUUAAAGAAGACUAUGAUAAUGCCAUUUUGCAUACAUUUGAGACUGAAAAAGGGAAAUGUAACUGGGCUAUUACUUGUGAUGAAAGUUUUGGUCCUACGUUUGGGGGUGGGAGAAUUUCAGGCUAUGAUCUGCAAGCAUUCAAGCAAGGUAAAAUAGAUAGUACUGAUGGAUGUUUUCAUUUAAAUGGCUCGAUAAACUUCAACACUCACUACCGCAAUACAAAGGUGGAUGCAAAUCUUAUUAACAGUCAACAUAAAGUCACAGACAUUGAAGUUUACCAAGUGAAAAAUGAGUAUGAUAAAGAAUGGAGACAUAAACCAACGGAGGACGAACAUGAAGAAAUUAAAAAAAGAAUAAAAGAAAACAAUCCAAAUACUUAUUAUGACAUAGCAAGAUACAAUGUACUGUUGCUAGGUCAAAUUGGUUCCGGUAAAAGUAGCUUUUAUAAUACACUAGUAACUGUGUUCUCCGGUCGUUUAGAAAAUAGGGCAGCUGCAGGUGCCGAUGAAACAAGCGUGACAAAUAUGCUUCAUGACUAUGAAAUAAAUUCAGAGGUACAUGUUCGCAUUUUGGAUAUAAGAGGAUACGAGGAGCAAAGAGGAUAUGACGAGGAGAUCGACCAUCUGCUUAACGGAGAAGUUGAAAAUGGAUACAAGUUCCCAGAAGUUUCCGAACCGAUUCCUAAGGAAAAAUUGAAAAAAGAAACAACCUUAGCUGAUGAGAUACAUGUUGCAUGCUUUGUUGAGGAUGCCACUGUCAUAGAUGUUAUUUCUCCUAAACUAAGAGAGGAAUUCAAAGACCUGAGGAAAAGGGCACGACAAAGAGAUUUGCCUAUCAUGGUUAUUGCAACCAAGUUUGACAACCUUUGUCCAAAGAUACAGGAAACUCCUGCAUUGGUGUACCGUAGUCCAAAAGCAGAAACAUCAACAAUAAAAGUAGCAGAUAUGACUGGAGUGUCUCAAAAUCUUGUCUUCCCAAUUAUAAAUUACACAGAUGAUAUUGAGAUAUGUGCAGCAAAGGACACUCUUGCACUUCAGGCUUUAGAUAAGAUAGUUUCAUUGGCUGAAAACUAUGUAAAGGAACAAAUUGCUUUAAAGAAAAAAAUUGAUAUACUCUGCGAAGGCACCGAUCGUUUAUUUAUUAAGAGAACGGAAGCUGAAACCCAAAAAUUAAGAAGAGACAUAUUGAAAAGAAUCCAGAAUGUAAAAGGAUCUACAAUGCGCAUUUUGUGUGUUGGUGGUAUCAAAGCUGGAAAGUCUAGUUUCGUCGACUCUGUUCUUUCAACUGCGUCAGGAAUAAUUUCCAACCGUGCAACUGGUGGGUCGACCCAAGCUGAAGGAAAUGAUGCUCGAACAGUGAGUCCGUUAACAAAAAGGUUUAAACCUUUCCCGAUCAAGUACAAGUCAGCUGAAGGGGAUGUUCAAACUUCUGUUGAAAUAUGUGACAUGCCAGGUAUCCAAAGUAGAGGCGGAAUAACCUUGAGAGACAUCAAAUUCGUACUGCGAGGUCAUGUCCCUGCAGGAUAUAAGAUUGUUAAUCAUAUAGACACAGGAUCAAAAGGAUUUAUAAAGAAGCCCGAAAAAAGUAAAAUAAUUCACUGUGUCUGUUUUAUAUUUGAUGUGACAAACCAAGAAAAUGAAAGUCUUAAUAAUGAUAAGGUUUUCAGAGAUCUUAAGAAGUAUUUAAAUGAACACGGAAUACCUUAUAUGGUUGUGCUGACGAAAAUUGACGAAUUAUUGAGAACAACAAGUGAAAAAGCAGAACAUGUAACAAAGAUGAAAACCGCCAUAGAUUCAAUUUUGAAAAAAAUCGAAUGUAGACGAAAUCUCCUUUUCCAUGUGAAAAAUUACAUACAUGAAGAACGUGUGAACCAUGAUGUAGAUUCACUUAUAUUAGAUGCAUUGGCAUACAUGCUGAAACAGGGUGAGGAAGGUAUAAAUGGAGCUACAGACUUUGACAGUAGCGAAGAGAGCGAAGAGGACGUGUCUGCGGAAGAAUUUAUUGAUUGCCAGGAACCACGAAACUAAAUAUGUCAUGCAACCCAGAUUUAUAAGUAACUGAAGUUAAAGAAAUGUUGUAAUCAAAUACUGAACUACAUAUACGUAUAUUUAGAAAAUUAGCAUGUGUUUAUACAAAUAAUCAGGAUUGAUUGUUUUAUAGCAGAAAGUAGGAAAUCAAUUACUGUUUUAAUGAAUUCAGAAUCAUAUUUCUUUCACAAACAAUUUAAAAAUAAAUCUACAUGAUUGUUUUUCUGCAAAAUAAUGAUUUACAUUAGUUUACUCUUUAAAGUUGUCGAUUGUUUUUACUAUACCAGUGUAAAACUGUAUUUAUAUCCAUCGUUAGACAAUAUAUCAUGAAUCACCAUAAGACAAUUUAUUAAAUAUAAAUAAUUAAUUUGUAUUUAAUUACUAUUUAUUCAUAUCAGCUUUUGGUUCUUAAAAUUUAUGCUCUUAUGUGUAAAUACAUAAUUAAAAAUUUACC